GAACUCUCUACAACUUCGCUUUGUACAGACAGCCCUGAUGCUCUGAAUGAUCUUGUUAAAUGUUAUAAUUCUACAUUAUCUGCGGCUCUUGAUCGUCAUGCUCUACUUGUCACUAAGUUUAUCACAGUGAGGCGUUUGGUACCUUGGUUUAGUGAAGAUAUAAAGGAGUCAAGGAGGGAAAGACGGAGAGCUGAAAGAAAAUGGCGUCGAUCUCGAAGUGUCCGUGAUUUGCUUCAAUUUAAAAUGAAGAGGAACUUUACAACCUACCUGAUGAAUGAAGCCCGUGGUAAGUUUUACUCAGACUCUAUUGUUGAAAAUAACUCCAAUCAACGGAACCUAUUCUCGGCAACAAAGAGGUUGCUAAAUCAAGGUCAUGAAGUACCUUUUCCACCAACUAGUGACAAGCUGGUUUUAGCCAAUGAAAUGGGUAGCUUCUUUGUUGAAAAGAUUGACGCCAUCCAUGUCAAAUUGGACAGACUAGCUGAUUGUUUGCAUGAUUCCCAUUUUGACUAUGUGAAAAUGUUACCAACUAGAACACUGGACAGCUUUAUCUCUUUAACUGAAAGUGCAGUUAGUAAGUUGAUUGGCUGCUCUCCGAAGAAGAGCUGUAUGUUUGAUCCGAUGUCAACACCUAUGGUAAUCAGCUGUGCUGAUGUGCUAUUACCACUAAUUACUAAAAUGGUCAACCUAUCUCUU